CCGCGUCGGAGUCUGGCGUUGCUGGUGUAACUGCCGCAAUGUCCUCCAACUUUCUUGCUAUCCUUUCUGAUUUACUAUUCGACCCUCCCUAAUCCAGGCAGUCACAAGCUCCAACUUUCAGCAUGCCUUUUGAAUCCAAGUUUCCCAGUGUACCAAUCCCAGACGUGGAUCUCUGGGCAUUCCUGUUUGAGAGGAAAGAUAAGGGUUUCUCUGAUGACAAAGUGAUCUACUUUGACCCAUACACAAAGCGAUCAUACACAUAUGCCCAGGUCAAGAGCACAGCCAUCGAAUUUGGCAAAGGCCUUAAGGGUCUGUGGGAUUGGCAGAAGAACGAUGUCCUGGCACUCUACACACCGAACUGUAUCGACACGCCAGCAAUUACAUGGGGUUGUCAUUGGGCAGGAGGCAUCCUGAGCCCUGCGAACCCCAACUACACUAUAGAGGAGCUCGCAUUCCAAUUGAAGGACUCAGGUGCGAAGGCAGUUGUCACUCAGCUUCCAUACAUCAAGAAUGCGCAAGCAGCAGCGAAGCAGGUGGGCAUCCCGCUUGACAGAGUGAUCAUCAUGGGCGACCAGAAAGAUCCAUCAUACACAGUCAAGCACUUUACAAGCAUCAUCAACACCGCAGGUUCGACAAAGUGGCAGCGUACCAAGGUGAAGAACCCGGUAGAGGAUUUGGCUUUCUUGGUGUACUCGUCCGGAACUACAGGUCAUCCUAAGGGUGUCAUGCUUACCCACCGUAACAUCGUCUCCAAUACGAUGAUGAUUAAGGCUGCAGAGGCGGGCAACCUGCAACCCACAGGAGGGCCUACUGGCGAGGGUGACAAGCUGUUGGCUUUCUUGCCCUUCUUCCACAUCUAUGGUCUCACAUGUAUGAUCCACCAGAGUAUAUACUCUGGCCUGCAGCUCGUCGUCAUGCCCAAGUUCAAUCUCGAAGACUUCUGCCGAUUGAUUCAGGAGCUGAAGAUCACAUUCGCCUACGUCGUCCCUCCUGUUGUCCUGCUUCUCGGCAAACAUCCUGUUGUGGAAAAGUACGACUUGAGCACAAUACGCAUGAUGAACUCCGGAGCGGCGCCACUGACAAAAGAGCUGGUGGAUGCGGUCAACAAGAGACUCGGGAUACCCAUCAAGCAAGGAUAUGGUCUUUCGGAGACAAGUCCUACCACCCACACCCAGCCAUGGGGAGACUGGAAUAGGACCAUCGGCUCUGUAGGCACGCUUCUGCCCUACCAGACAGCGAAGUACAUGUCCCCAGAAGAGAAGGAGCUGCCUACUGGCGAAGUUGGCGAACUCUGGAUCAAGGGUCCCAACGUGUUCAAGGGUUAUCUCAACAACCCUGAAGGCACCAAGAAUGCUUUGACACCAGAUGGCUACUUCAAGACUGGCGAUGUUGGCUACCAGGACAAGGACGGUAACUUCUUUAUCACAGAUCGUGUUAAGGAGCUUAUCAAGUACAAGGGCUUCCAAGUACCGCCAGCUGAGCUUGAAGGCCUCCUUGUAUCGCAUCCUGGAAUUGACGAUGUUGCAGUGAUAGGUGUCUAUGAUAAGGAACAGGCGACUGAACUGCCCAGGGCAUAUGUUGUACCGAAAGGUGGUCUGGGUAAGGGAGAGGAUGAAGCGAAGGAGAUCGUCGACUGGCUCGGCGCGAAGGUCGCACACCACAAGAAACUGAGAGGUGGUGUGCGAUUCGUCGACGAGAUUCCGAAGUCAGUCUCCGGCAAGAUCCUGAGGCGAGUGCUCAAGUUGAAGGCUGAAGAAGAACAAGACAGCCUUUCGAAGGCGAAGCUGUAGAUGUCCA